GGCAACGAUAGGAUAAACAAACAUGACGCUUUUCGCGUUUUGUUCAGCAGAGGUUCAGCUCUAAAAAAAAAAUUUAAUUUAGAUUAAGAUAAUUGUUAUUAUUAUGUUAAUAUGCUAAUAUUGUUUAGGACGUCGUAUAACGUCUGUACUGUGAGACACAGUGAUUACCAGUGUUCGUAGUUACAUUAUCCUUUCUUUGUAAUGAUUAGGUAAAUUUUCUGCUGGUCAAUGCUAUAGUCUUAAAAACCACUUAGCGUUGUCUGACGUUUUUUACGAGAGCGCUUUUCACGCGAUGCCUUUAUUCUUCAAUAAGUUUUCCCCCAAGAAAACACCGACCAGAAAGGCGUCCGUUUUCCUGGCAAACAAAAAUUUAAGCCCAAAACGAAUAGAGAAGGAGCUCGGCCCGGAAGUGGGCCCUAUACGCCUUCGCCUUGGAGAUCAGGAAGCUGUUUUUGAGGCUGGCCUUUGGAUUCCAGAAUCUGGCAAGGUGGGAGGUACUUUCAAAGAGAAUGAAAAGUUAAAAAAGGAAGUGAGGCGACUGGAGGAAGAGAACAAUCUGUUAAAGCUAAAGUUCGACGUGCUUUUAGACAUGUUAACGCAAACAACCGCCGAGGUUCACUCGCAGAAAGAAGAAUUGGAGAGAUUGAAACAUAAUUUUUCUCAUAAUAAACGAGUUGUCGUUUAGUCUAUCAAACAUUAACAGUAACUUACGCCGCUUACUGUAAUACAAACAACCAUUAUAAAGCGAUAUUAAUUAUUGAAUCGCUUCAAAUACUUAUAAAAGUUAUCAUUUAAUAAGGCAGAAGUAGUCUUAUAUAAAGUCUUAUAUAAAGUCAGAUAUAAAAACCGUAUUUAACACUGCUCCAUUAUAAUAAAGCUUUUUAUAUCCAAUCGUUAUAAACUACAUUGUUUGCAAUAAAAAAUAUAUAUUUGAAAAA